AUGUCCCAGCUUCCGACAACCGCCCAGCAAGAGGCGCCAGACGGCGAAGCGCAUUAUCCACCAUGCCUCUAUCACACACCAGAGGAAAAGAGACUGUACAAGAGAUUGAAAGACGUCUAUCUGGAGCAUUACACCUCCUGGGACGCUGAAUCCCGCGAAGUGUGGCCUUAUAUUGUCGAGCAUGCAUCGCUGCCAAAGUCAACCGUCGGCAAACUCACAAAUCAUUCAAUUGCGAGAAAUAUGAUGCAGACCAAUGUGACGUGGGCUCAUGUCGUCGCCCUUCGAAUCAUCUAUAAGACACAGUUAUUCAAGAGCCGAAAGCUUAUGAAGCUCAUCCGAGACAAGUAUCCAAGAGGCAACUUCAACACAUAUGUCUUCCACGAGGAUUACAAGAGGCCCGUCAAGAUAGAUGAGGAGGUCAAAGCAGAGAAGACGGCAAAAAAGAGCCCGGUGACAGCUUCCAGCGCACAUGAGCUGCGAGUUGGAGCCGAGGGGCCAGUCGGAGAAGCUUCACAGCCCGCUCCUCGGCGUUUGAACGAAGCUCCCAAUGGUUUCCUCAGUGACGAAGAAGAUGCUUGGCCGACUAAGACAUUCGUUACCCCGAAUGCGAUCAAACCUGAGCCUACAGCCGCGGCCAACAACGGGGGAAGAGAGGGUCAUAAGAUGAUCAACCAGCAAAACGGGAACAGAGCAAACCCUCGACAGCGUGUUGCAGUUCCAUCAAGUCAGGACAAACGGGCUCUUCCAGAGGACAGCGAGGUAGAAAGCGAGGCCAAUCACAGCACGGCCUGUGAGCCCCCGCCUCGAAAGCAGAAAAGGGACAGGCCAUCUACCGCAAUCAGAGACCGCCGCACGCAGCCAACGAGCUCAGGCAGAGGGCCGCGUAGCCAAGAAGAAGCUACAGGUAGCUCCAGCAGAGCGAAGGAGGAUUGCGAUCAGAUAGAUCGGUUUAUCGAGGCUCUGACAGUGUUUGGCGAGGCUAUAUCGGAGCACAACAACGCUGUGCAUCGCAACUCGGAGCUACUCGAGAGAUUGACCGAGCAGAUG